GGUAACAGGGGCUUCGACACUUCCGAUAGUGUUCUUUAAUAGCCAAUACGCGGUGUAAAGUAUGAUGCUUGUUUAUAUUUAAUGAAUCUUAUUACAUGUACAUAUCAGUUCCAAGUCUUUUGCACUAUUUCCCAGUUUAAUAAGACGUAGGAUCAGUGAAGUUACGUACGUUCAGUUCUAUGAUUUUUCUAUUUAAAGACCCUUCUUCGUUUUGAUGAAUCGAUAAUUACAUUUUCCGAUAUGACACUCAAACGUGGGAUCUUAUUACGUGAAUGAUUCUGCUUGUCUAACAAUUCAGUUAGAAACAUUAAAAUGCAAAUCAUAGUUCCUAGUGAAGCAUUCUGACUGGCAAAUUUGAUAAAUUUUGAGUGUCAUAGUCUGAAAUUCGUCAUUGCGGAUAGUGCAGACUUACAAAAAGAAUUCAUAGCAAUGUUCGAAUGGGCAUACGAUGGUGUUAAUGCUUCGAUACCACGCAAUGUGGGACCAGAAUGCGCAUAUUACCUAAGCCCAAAGCGAAGAAUCAUUGAAACAUUGAUCAUAUCGAUAUUCAUAAUAACCUUCCUUGUUUGGGGCUAUAAACGAAUUAAAUUGCCAACCAAAGUAUCAUAUGUAAAUCAUGAUUGUGUUGGCAGAAGAGUAUUAUUAAUUAUUAUGUCAUUAGUACUAGGAAUGGAAAUUGGUUUUAAGUUUACCAGCAGGACAGUUGUAUAUAUAUUAAAUCCUUGCCAUAUAACCACAGCUGUACAGUUGUAUUUACUGGCAGCAGAUCCUAGUCCUACAGUCACAGCUAUCUUCAGGAUACAUUUGAACUUUUUGAAUGGACCACUUUUAGCAUAUUUAUUCCCAGAGACAGAAUCUCGCAGAAUAUUUGCUGAUAAAGCAAUGUACUACAUUCAGCAUGGUUUAAUGGUAGUGAUACCAUAUUACUUACUGAGGAUCGGAGGUGUGUAUAAUGUGGAACCUCUAUCAGACAUGAGCUGGUCCGUUUUCAGUUAUGGAAUAAAUUUAGCUUAUCAUUUCUGGGUUAUCCAAGCCAUUGCUUUGCCAAUACAAGUGAACCUUAGUCAUAUGUUAUGUGCAGCUAUUCUUGACCCUUUUGAAGGUCAAUAUUAUAGGGUAUGGACAUUUAUUCAUCAAGGAUUACUCUGCCCAUUGUUAUCCAAGUUAUUCAGCUUCGCGUCGAAUUUCUUAUUAACGAAGUUUCCGCCAACUAGAGUAAAACCGACGCUUGAUUGCGUACUUGCAAAAAACAAUAAAGUGGAUGAUAAUGAGAAAUUUUAUGAAGAUGCAAAUACUUCAGGUAAUGGACAUACUCACGUAAAUUAGAUCAAUAUUUCGUAAUUCAUAAUUUCUACUGCAAUUCAGUGAGUACUUGAUUUAGGAAAAUAGAUAAGUUUAUAUGUCAAUAAUGAAAUGAACACAAGGCAUUUUGUUUGUCAUUUGUGAAUUCGUAAUUGUACAGUCACUACCUGUAAAGAUUGAUGAUCCUUUUCCCAAAUAAACAAAUUUGUAGUUAUUUUUUCGCACUGUAUGCGUGAUUAUGGUGAAUAGGAACAGUGCAGGGCAAGUUAUGGUAGUAAUUAGGAAUUUAUAAAUCUCAAAUAUGAGUCCGUAACGAACUUUAAAUAGGUGCUACCAUUGCCGUGUAGCACAUUUUUUCCAUUUAGCGGAAGGAGAGUCCGCGAAUUAUCUUACAAGAGAUUAGGAGAAUCCGAUGGUCUUGCAUUUUUGAUGCAUCUGUGAUUAGGAAUGUUAUUUGUAAAACAUUUCCUAUUUAAAAAUGCAGCAUUUAUGUUUAACAGUGUAGCGAUUAAUGUUUAACAAUGCAGCGAUUAAUGUUAUUUCAUACGCUAUAUUUUUUUUAUGUGAUGAUUUUUCAGUUUCAGUUUGAAGUAAUUCAUAACUAAAUAUUUCUAGACAUAUUAUCUCUAUAGAUUAUUGUUAUAUAGAGCUUGUCAUGCAUGCUAUUUUUUUGGAGUAAUUAAAGGCUCACUUUCUUCUUUAUUGAGCUUAAAUAUAACAUUAUCUUAAUGCUUAAAAUAAUGUACAGUACCUGUUGUAAUUAGAAGAGGAGUAUACCAAUGAA